AUGGAUGGAAACCAACUUGUAGUAACUUGUUCGAUUUCACAGAAUAAAAAUUCUUUCAUCCCCACCUACGCUCUUAUUGAUACGGGAGCAUCAGGAUACGCUUUCAUUGACGAAUCUUUUGCACGCCACAACAAUCUUACAAUGACCCCCCUUAAAAUACCUCGCCAUGUAGACGUUAUAGACGGAAGACCUAUCAAAUCAGGAAAAAUCACCCAUAUUGUCGAUGUUUCGCUAGACAUUCAUGGUCAUCGGGAAAUUGCGCCAUGUUUUGUGACGAAGUUAGGACAUUACCCGAUUGUGAUGGGGAUACCUUGGAUGCGACGCCAUGAUGUUACGAUUCGACCAAAGGAAAAUCUACUUGUUUUUGACUCUCGGAGCUGUUGUCAAUAUUGUUCACUUAGUGGAACUGCAGUUAUUGUUCAUGGUAUCUCAAUUCGUUUACCGGAACACCAUACAGUCAUCGUUUCAGCAACUGAAAAAUCUACCAUCGAUAUCGAACAGCUAGUACCGAAGGAGUUUCACCAUC